AUGGAAUCUUCAUCUUUGCAACAAGAAAAAUGCAAUCAUGGUGAGGAUACUAGAAAUAUUGUGUUAAAAAAAGGAACAUGGUCAAAGGAAGAGGAUCAAUUAUUAAGAGAAUAUGUGACAAAAUAUGGAGUUGGAAAGUGGGAUUCCGUACGAAAGAAAACAAAACUUGUUCGAGAUGGAAAAAGUUGUCGUAUAAGAUGGUUAAAUCAUCUAAAUCCAAUUUUAAAAAAGUGCUCGUUCAAUGAAGAAGAAGGAAGAAAACUUAUUCAUCUCUAUAAUGAGGUAGGACCAAAAUGGUCUCAAAUGGUUUCACAGUUUCCUGGAAGAACCGAUAACGAGUUAAAGAAUUUUAUUAAUUCCAAAAAAAGGAGUUUAAAAAACUCUAGAAAGCACCUCAUUCCAGAAAACAUAAACCAUGUUGAUGAGUUGAAUAACAAUGUUGGAGAAAUUAGUAACCAACAAAAUAAUGCCUCCCAAGAAGAAGAAACGACUCUACCAAGAAUGGAAUUUGAUCAUCAAGUAGAUAUUCUACAUGGUAACUAUCUUCUUGAUCAAAAUUAUGGUGACAAAAAUAUCAACAACUUUGAACAAUUACCAACGUUGGCUGAUGAUUCAAGUACUUGUUUCAACAAUCAUGUUGUCCCAACAUUGGAUGAUAGGUCUCCUAGACUCCCAUCAUUUCCAUCAAGUAAUAUGUUUUUUGAUCAAGAUGUUCCUCCAAUUCCACAAUAUUAUCCAUACAAUCUUGAUAUGGAUUCUCCAUUUCCACAAGAAAUGCAUUCUGACCAGUAUCUUCAAAAUCCAUAUCUAUCAAGUCAGAUGCUUUUUGAUCAAGAUCUUCCUCCGAUUCCACAAUAUUAUCCAUACAAUCUUGAUAUGGAUUAUCCAUUUCCACAAGAAAUGCAUUCUAACCGGUAUCUUCAAAAUCCAAAUCUAUCAAGUCAGAUGCUUUUUGAUCAAGAUGUUCCUCAAAUUCCACAAUAUUAUCCAUACAAUCUUGAUAUGGAUUAUCCAUUUCCACAAGAAAUGCAUUCUAACCAGUAUCUUCAAAAUCCAAAUCUAUCAAGUCAGAUGCUUUUUGUUCAAGAUGUUCCUCAAAUUCCACAAUAUUAUCCAUACAAUCUUGAUAUGGAUUAUCCAUUUCCACAAGAAAUGUAUUCUAACCAGUAUCUUCAAAAUCCAGAUCUAUCAUAUGAGGAGCCUCAAUAUGAGAUCUUAGAACCUUGGUUGCUAUCUGAAUGCAUUCCUCUUUGGUGA